CUGCUGACUGGAUUGAUGUACUACAGACCAGAUGAUCCAGUUGAGUACAUGGAAGGCUGCUUGAAAAAGGUCCGAGAACUUGGGGGGACAGACAAAGUGAGGUGGGACACGUUUGUUGGACAGGAGAAAAAAACCCUUCCCCCACUCAAUGGAGGCCAAUCCAGGAGAUCAUUUUUCAGAAAUGUGUUGCCUGAUAGCUCCAACUUUCCUUAUCGCCGCUAUGAUCGAUUACCACCUAUCCAUCAGUUCUCAAUUGAGAGUGAUUCAGAUCUUUCUGAAACUGCUGAGCUGAUUGAGGAAUAUGAUGUGUUUGACCCAAACAGACCACGGCCCAAGUUAAUUUUUGUUAUUGGUGGUCCUGGCAGUGGAAAAGGUACCCAGAGUCUGAAGAUUGCUGAGCGCUAUGGAUUUGAAUAUAUUUCUGUUGGAGAACUUCUGCGAAAAAAGAUGAUCCACAAUGCCACCAGCAACAGAAAAUGGAGCCUAAUUGCAAAAAUAAUUACAAAUGGAGAGUUGGCACCACAGGAGACAACAAUCACGGAGAUAAAGCAGAAACUAAUGCAAAUCCCUGAAGCCAAUGGCAUUGUUAUUGAUGGUUUUCCCAGAGAUGUGGGACAAGCUUUAUCUUUUGAGGACCAGAUCUGCACUCCAGACCUGGUAGUGUUCUUGGCAUGUGUCAAUAACAGACUCAAAGAGAGACUAGAGAGGCGGGCCGAGCUUCAAGGGAGACCAGAUGACAAUCCCAAAGCCACAGAGAGGCGUCUGGCUAACUUCAAACAGAAUGCCAUUCCUUUGGUCAAGUACUUCCAAGAGAAGGGCCUCAUUGUGACGCUGGAUGCUGACAGAGAUGAAGAAGAGGUGUUUUAUGACAUUGCGGUAACUGUUGACAACAAGCUGUUUCCAACCAAAGAACCUGUUGCAGGACCCAGUGAUCUUGACCUGAGUCUGCUUGUAGAUUCUGCUGAUUCAGCAGAUAUUGGCUCCGAUUCUGAAGAACAGGGCUGGCAGUCUGAAGACCAAAUAACAGUCUAUGGGGAUGACAGCAUAGAAGAGGAACUGAAGAAAUCCAAGAUAAUCUUUGUAAUUGGUGGUCCAGGCUCUGGAAAGGGCACACAGUGUGAGAAGAUAACAGAGAAGUAUGGCUUCACUCACCUGUCAUGUGGUGACAUCAUUCGCAAUGAGCUGCUGUCCGACAGUGAAAGAGGCAACCUUAUCAAGGACUUUAUGGAGCGGGGAGAACAUGUCCCAAUGGAGACAGUGCUGGAGCUGAUGAGAGAAGCCAUGGUUACAAACCUUGAGAGCACAAAAGGAUUCUUGAUUGACGGAUAUCCACGGGACCUGAGACAGGGAGAAGGCUUUGAAAUGAAGAUAGCCGAACCCUCUCUGGUGUUGUACCUGGACUGCUCUGCUGAGACCAUGACCAAGCGAAUACAGAAAAGGAUCCAGGGUAUGCCAUGUUAUGAUGACAGCCAAGACACAAUCCGAAAAAGAGUGGACGCCUUCUACCAAACCAUAGAGGUUAUUACAGCUGGUUAUGAAAGGAGGAAACUGUUAAAAACGAUUAAUGUAGAGACAGGUCCGGAUGAAGUGUUCCUCCAAGUUUGUUCAGCCAUCGAUGCUCUCUUCUAAAGAUGCUCCAGGAAAGUGGGCUCCGAUCGAGCGUGUUCUAUAACCGGACCAGGUGUACUAUAUACAGCCCCUCUGGACACAGCUAAUGUUCUCAGCAGCCUUGCUUCAGUAAAAGCAACUUUCUUGGAAGUACUGCAUGUGGAAUUUACUUCACGGGAAGCUUUCAUGUAUGUUCUAAUAUGCGAGCAGAUUGAUGCUGCACUGAUUGUUGUUCCCUCUCCUGCGCAUCACCUCCCCUCAGCUGACCAAAAUAUAUAUAAAGAUUUUAUCCUAUGCUGUCUCAAUGUAAAUAAUUACACAUUCAGGUAGAGAUACUGAAAGAUUUUUUAUGAAAUUUGGAUUGUAAAUAUAAAUCGCUGCCAACGUACAGUAAACCUUAUUAGUGGUUCAGCCUCAGUCACAUCACCACAGAAUUUCUUAAUAAACACAAACCUUUGGAUGAUUGAGUAGCCAGCUAAAAGCAGCUCCGUGUAGGCUGUCCCACCUAGACUGUUGAGGGUCUCGAUCUCACAGGAAUGGUUUACAAUUGUGAAUAAUGGGCAAUGGCCGCUGUGUUAGUGUGCAGCUGCGGUUAUUUUUCCAGUUCUUAUGAAAGUGACCAUUUGAAAGCUGAGACGGGUCUGCCGUAUAAGACACAUAGUAGAUGUCUAAUGGUUUUUGGUCCUGAGGUGAAAUCCCAGCCUCUUCUCUGUCUCUGCAGAAUUUUCAGAUUCACGCGGUGUCUGCUUGGGUUUUUCUUUGGGUACUCCAGCGUUCUCUUUCUCAGUCUUCCUUUGUUUCCAGCCAUGUUAAUUGGAAAUCCAAAAUUGUCAGAGUAUGAGUGAGUUUGGGUGUUAGCGUGUCUGUGAAGGUAAGGAAAGGCCCCAGCCAUCACAGUCCAGCUCAUUCAACAACACAUUGAUGCCAGUAUCCACAGUGGUAAGAAUGGAGUGGUCUGCGAAUGGAAACCAUUUUGAAUAAGCCACUCACAAAGGUAAUGUGAAGGCACUUCAUAAUUUAAUUUUUGUUUUACCUCAGUGACAGUAGAUCCAUUUAUAAGAGAGCACAAUUGAGUAAAUAUAGUGUGAGAGGUUUUAAUGUGACCACCUAAGCCAUUUUCUUUACAACUGAAAGACUUGCAGAUUUGCCGAAGAGGUAAUACAUCAUAAGGCAUGAUGGCCCACUGGUUAUUAGCUCCGUGUCACGGCUCCUGGUCACAAGCUGUGUGCUCUUUAAAUGCUCCCCCUUAACCACUGUGACAUUAUUUUCCACCUUCCACCUUUCAAAGACCUUUAAACGGACCUUCAGUGAAUGAGGUUGGGAGUGUGUGUCCCAUGAUGCAGUGGUGCUUCAUUCAGAACGGCGAGCACCCAGUGCUGCUCAGACGUGCUGCAGCCUCUAGAGUGAAAUGUGUCAAAUGAAGAGACAUAGAGGGCGAUGGUCUGAAAACAAAUUCAGAUGGAGCAGGAUUAGUUUCACUGACACAUUCAGAGAACGUCUCAUAUCCAUUAGUGUGUUAUAAUUGCAUACAACAGUGUGCAGCGCUAGCUGGAGAAAUUCUGAAUAAAUUAUCACAAAGCCUCGGCUCUUUUGUAGAGUAACCAGUGGAGGUGAUAGGUUUUUUUUUUUUAGAAUAUUGUGAGCAUGAAAUUAAUUUUCACUUGGAGAAUGAAAAUCUGACUUGUCAAAAACUUGCAUUAGCAAAAUAAAAAAAUAAUGUUGGCAAAACUACACUGUUCAAACACUCACGAAGUAUACAGGCAGUGAGCGUCAAGGAAUAACAAUAUGAAAGACAUCCCAUCAAACAUUUUUAAAGCCAUUUAAUCCAAACAUCCAGAUAAUCUGCAAUAGCUCUGGGCAUAGGGCAGGAGCCACCUGCAGGGCACAAUGGACACACACAUCCGGCCAGUUUAGAGCCACUAGUUAACCUAAACUGGACGGCUUUGGGUUGGUGGGGUGGUGCUGGAAGAGUUGGGGAGGAUGAAUCUAAAUGGACGCAGAGAGACCAUGCAAACUCAGCACAGAGCGUGGCCAGUGUCCUGGAGCUGGGAGCUGCCAACUACAUUUCUGCUCAGUUUACACUUAAUCUUAUGUUCUUUAUAGCUUCAGACAGAAAAGUACGAAACUGUGCAAUAUUUACAUUCAGUGCCUAGAAUGAGUAUGCACGCUGUGGAAGUUGUUCCAUUUUAUUUUUAUACAUAAAUGAACCACAGUGGAUUUAUUUUGGCUUUUUUGACAUUGAUCAACAGAAAAAUGUGAAAGUGAAAAUGGAUCUCUGCAAAGUGUUCUAAAUUAAUGACACAUAAUAAAACAUGAAAUAGUUGAUUGUAUUUGCCGACUUCAAAUCAUUAUUUAAAUCUCCCAUUCUCCUCUGCAAAUCUGCUGCAGCUCUGUCAGGUUAUAUGUUGAUCACGAGUGAACGGCCUUUCACAAGUUGAGCUACAAAUUCUCAACUCGAUUGAGGUCUGGACUCUGACUCGGCCACUCCAGGACAUUAACUUUGCUGUUUUCAAGUCACUCUUUUGUAGUUUUGGCUUUAUGCUUGAGGUCGUUGUCUUGCUGGUAAACAAAUCUUCCUCCAAAGCGUACGUUUCUUGCAGAUGGCAUCGGUUUUCCUUCUGGGAUUUCCCCGUAUUUUGCAGCAUUCACUUCACCCUCACAAGCCUUCCGGGGCCUGCUGCAGAGACGUAUCCCCAAAGCCUGAUGCUGCCACUACCAAACUUCACAGUGGGGAUGAAGUGAAGUGUUCAAAUACACCGCUUAGUCUGAUGGCCAAAAACCUCAAUUUUGGUCUCAUCAGACCACAGAAUAUUCUUCCAGCUGACUUCAGAGUCUCCUGUGUGUGCCUGUCACCCUGAUGUCAGGUGUAUUUCCUUCUCUUUGCUACUUUCCCAUAAAGCUGCCACUGGCAAAGCAUCAGACAAUUGUUCUUAUAUGCCCAGUCUCUCCAAUCAGCCAUAGUAGUUUGUAAUUCCUUCAGAGUUCUCUUGGUGGUCUCCCAAAAUAGCUUUCUUCUUGAAUCAUCCCUCAAUUUUGGUGGUCAGCCUGCUACAUACAGAUUUCCAGCUGUGUCGUCCUCUUUCCAUUUCUUAAUGAUUGAUUUAACUGGACUCCAGGGAAUAUUCAAUGACUUGGAUAUUUUCUUGUCUCCCAAUCCAGGGGGUUUGUCAUCCCUUUUUAAUGGAGUGUUCUUUUGUCUUCACUGUGUAGGUUGGUCCAUAAUACUGACUCGCCACAAGACGGACCUUCCAGAUAAGGUGCAUUUAUAAUACAACCAAGUGCAAUCCCAGACAGAUGAUCUCCACUGUACUAAUUCUAUGACUUCUAAAACCAACUGACUACACCAGUGAUCAUUUAUGAGGUCAAUUAUUCAGUGUUUGUGUUUUAUGGACCACUUUGCAGAGGUCUUUUUUACUUUGACAUCAUUUUUUCAAUCUAUUGUGAUUCAGUGUUGCAUACCAGUAAAUAUGAACACUUGCAGGCAUAUAUACUGUAGGCACCAUAUAUGCAAACGUCAAAUGAAAUGAGUACUUAUGUACAGAAAGAUCCAUAGACACAGACCAAAACUGAACAGAAUUCAAGCUGACAGGAACUGUGAUCAGUUGGCCAGAGCUGAAGCUCUUCUUCCAACCUGCACCAGCACAAUCCCAGUGACAGCGUCUACAAGUCUCAUUGUGAGGAUUCUCACCACAUUCAGACCGACCACAUUAGUGAGUUCAGUUUAUGGAUUUUGUGUUACUCUAUCAAGACAAUAAGUGCUUUCCAAAGUCAGAAAUAAAAGCAUUUGGAUCAAAUAAUCCAACUUUUGAUGAAAAAUGUAGAAUAUUUUUUAAUUAAAAAAGGUAAUUUAACGGAACCCCAUUGCAUAAGACACAUUUUGUAAGUUACCUUAAAACAUGAAGUCUGUUAGGGCUCCUCCAGUUAGUCAAUGGUGUUGCUUAUUCAGGUUAUUGCUCAGCCAAAUAAGAAAGAUGGGCUCAAUCAUCACCUCCUCCUGUGAUGUUAAAAACUCAUCACAAUUCCAGAUAGUUCCACGUCACUCCUUCCUCUUUCUAGUCUUUGUCCCUGUGGAAUGGAUCUGAACACUAGAGACCAGCUGCUCAAAAACUUACAACAUUUCUACCUUAUCAUUUGGGUAACAUUAAAUUGAAUUUCAACAAUGGCCAAGUAUGUCCGUAUGCAUUCUAAUCGCUUUGUGAACUCCAGUUAUGGCUGAGGUCGAAGGGGAGGUGUGACAGUUAAGAUGGCCCCAUCCUAUUGUAAUGGCAGGUGAAGCCUCGGUUCACCAUCAUACCCCAGAAUUAGAAUUGUGUAUCUAUGCAAAGAAAGCAUGUCUCUACUCCAGGCAAAGAGAAAAGUACAAGGAAACUCCUUCAGUCUCUUCCUGAGUACAUUGGGGGAAAGGAUCUGUCACUCCAUAUUUCAGAAAAGGAGUGGAAGGCAGCCAUGCACAGAAUACACUCGAGCUCUACAUGUGCAAAGCAUUCAGUCAUUCAACUUAAAA